GUGUCAGCACAAUGACACCGUAGGCGUGUCCUCCCCUCGUGUCUCGGUUCGUUCUCCCAUUGUGCGGAUGAGACGGAAUCUGCGCUUACAAGGAUGGGGCCGCCGGUAAACCGGCCUGACUUCUCUUGGCUGCUAAUUGCCGCCAUAUUAUGUCAGAGGACCACCGGGGAAGACGUAGCGAUCACCGUCACGCUGCCACCUCAAGGAGGAAGCUCUGUGUCCGGUAGUAGCCUGGUGCCGUCCUCCAGCCCCGUGCCCCCUCUGGUAGACUCCGUGUUGGCAGCGAGCGCUCAGCGCCACCAAUUGCUGCUCCUGUUCCAGCGGUACGGCGAUAAUAACCAGAGCCUGAGUUGGUCCGGUUUCCGGCAGCUGCUCAAGAGCCUGGGGGUGGAGAGGCUGAGGAGCAUUCACAGGAAGGCCGAGCAGCACUCUCACCAUCACAAACACCACGGUCCCCAUCAUCAUCAUCAUCACCACCACCUCCCUCACCCCCAUUCCCCGGACCGCGGCCAAACCUGUGAGGGGGAGACGACUGACAGGGGACACGUGACGUCACCGAGUCCCCAGACCAAUGGGAGAGCGGAGGAGAGUCACAGCGCUGGCGGCAAGUCUGGCAGUGUCGCUGCGGGGGCACAGCACAUAGAGUGUCUGAAUGCCUCCCGAAUCCUCAGCACACACGGGAUGGACGUCCAGGUGCUUCUCGGAGAAGCAGAAUUUGGCUACAUCUGCCCGGCCAUUAUUAAUCAGAUCGAUAGGCAGUCCUGCUUGGCCCACAAACCUGACAAAGCUAUGUCUUUGAGCGAAACUAGCGUGUAUUCCGUGAAAGUAGCUUGGAUUGGUGGCUUCAUAUCAAUCACUGUCAUCAGUGUUCUGUCUUUGCUGGGCAUUAUUUUGGUACCACUCAUGAACAGAGUCUUCUUCAAAUUCUUAUUAAGUUUUCUAGUGGCUCUAGCGGUUGGCACAUUGAGUGGAGAUGCCUUUUUACAUCUCCUUCCACAUUCGCAUUCAAAACAUCACAGCCAUGGUGGGUUUCCAGAUGCAAGCGGCCAUGUAGAUGACAAAGAAGAAGAAAGUGAUCAUUUAGAUGCAACAUGGAAAGGACUGACAGCACUGGGAGGACUGUACUUGAUGUUUCUGGUGGAGCAUUUGAUCACCUUGAUUAAGCAAUAUAAGGACAAAAAGCAAAAGAAUCAGAAAAAGAAUGAAAAUGAAGAGGAAUUAGAAAUUAAGAAGAACCUGUCCAAUCAUUCAAAUAUUGAAGAGAAGGGAGGAUCAGAUGCCGGCUCUAAUCACGAGAGUUAUUUGGAGACAGAAACACAAGAUACCUCCCAGUUCCAGAAUCGACAGCCAACAGCCCCAGAAGAAGAAGAGGAAGAAAUAAUGAUUGCUCAUCCAGAUGAUGAAGCAGACUACCUAAAAUAUGGAUCCAGAGGCUGUGAGAACAAGUGUCAUUCCCAUUUCCAUGAUACUCUUGGUCAGUCUGAUGAUCUGAUUCAUCAUCAUCAUGACUAUCAUCACAUUCUCCACCACCACCAUCACCAAAACCACCACCCACACAGCCAUUCUCAGCGCUACUCCAGGGAAGAACUAAAAGAUGCCGGAAUUGCCACGUUGGCCUGGAUGGUGAUCAUGGGUGAUGGUUUGCACAACUUUAGUGACGGCUUAGCCAUAGGAGCGGCAUUUACAGAGGGUUUAUCCAGUGGAUUAAGCACGUCUGUGGCUGUUUUCUGUCAUGAAUUGCCACAUGAAUUAGGUGACUUUGCAGUUCUUCUGAAGGCUGGUAUGACCGUGAAGCAGGCAGUGCUGUACAAUGCGCUGUCUGCCAUGCUUGCCUACUUGGGCAUGAUAACUGGAAUUCUUAUUGGCCAUUAUGCAGAAAAUGUGUCAAUGUGGAUCUUUGCACUUACAGCUGGCCUGUUCAUGUAUGUGGCGUUUGUUGACAUGGUACCAGAAAUGUUGCAUAAUGAUGCAAGUGAUCAUGGCUGCAGCCGCUGGGGAUAUUUUCUGUUACAAAACGCUGGAAUUCUGCUAGGAUUUUUCAUCAUGUUGGUUAUUUCUGUUUUUGAACACAAAAUCGUGUUCAGCAUUAACCUAUAACUUUAGGUUGUCUAGUUUUGUUUACUUUGAGGCACUAAAAUAAUUAACAAGUUAUUGUAUUAUUAAUGAUUUGGGAACUGGAGUGGUUUUGUACAUCUAAUGCUUUCUCGUAGAAAUGUUUUCCAUCCU